AAUUCCCGCCGUCCUCUCCUUCAAAACCAAGCCCAGCAUGCUUUGCGUACCCGCCGUACAAAAACAUGGCAGCGCUCAGAGCCCCUCCUCGGUCCCGGCAUGCACCGCGGAGCAGGCCAGGCCUUUCUGCUGGGCAGGAAGAUGGCGGCAUCUGGGGCAGGGCCGCAGAUCUUGGUACAAUACUUGGUCUUACGAAAGGAUCUAUCGCAGGCUCCGUUCUCCUGGCCCUCAGGCGCACUGGUAGCGCAGGCUUGUCAUGCAGCCACUGCGGCCUUGCACAUUCACCGGGACCACCCACAUACGGUUGCUUAUCUCCAAGAGCUGGGGCGCAUGCGCAAAGUGGUCCUCGAGGCACCAGAUGAGACCACCCUGAAGGACCUGGCUGAGACGCUGCAACAGAAGAACAUUGACCACAUGCUGUGGCUGGAGCAGCCAGAGAAUAUCGCCACGUGCAUUGCGCUCCGCCCCUACCCCAAGGAAGAAGUGAACCAGUAUUUGAAGAAGUUCCGAUUGUUCAAAUGACUGAUGGUAUCAGUUGCUUUGAUAUAUUUGAGUAUCAGCUGGAUCCAGAAACUACAUGCUAUCUAACUCUAAGCAUCAUGUACUCCUUUCAAUGGCAACUCACUCUUCCCUUUAAAUUAUAGCAGUUCCUUCAGGGUCAAACACAUAUUAAAGUUGUCAUUAAUAAGUA